AUGUAUGUUACAGUAAUAGUAAGUUACUUACAGGUGUUCGUGGGAAACGUAUUCCUAUUCAAGAGUAUUAUUUCGUUGGAGGUCAAGCGUUACGUAAUAGAAGAUAUGACAGACACCGCCGAUCGCCUAGAUUUACAGAGAAUUGUGAAUACUAUAACAAGAUCUCGUGAAAGAGAGAGAUCUUUCCGAAGAGCAGACGAUCGUGCUGAGAAGAUCAAAUUUCUCCACGAUCUAAUAACUAGUAAAGUCGGCUCGGGUCAGUUGAACAAUUGGCUACGAUCGAGGCCGCCGUCGGGGAAUCCCCAAAUCGAUUUUGAGGGUUUGGUGGAGAACGAACUUAAAAAUGCGUUGGCUCUUAAAUCUUCCGCGCUCAACGACCGGCCGGUUAUACAAAAGCGCGGACGGAAUGAUUUCUUAGUUAUGAAACCUCAUGUAGUAGAUCCGUUCGUGACCGUGGUGCCUAAUAACAUGUAUUAUAAUAUAGAGAAGAAAUGUGUCAAUUGGCUAGACGAUUGUAAUUUGCAAGGUAUUAGGGCUAGGCUGCUUCAACGAGUUAAGUCCCCGUUUAAGUGA